GGUUCAGUAACCGAAGAGCCAGGUGGCGCAAGCAAGCAGGAGCCAAUCAGCUGGCAGCUUUUAAUCACCUGUUGCCAGGGGGCUUUCCGCCAACUGGAAUGCCGACUCUACCGCCCUACCAGCUGCCAGAUUCCACCUACCCCACCACCACUAUUUCCCAAGAUGGGAGCAGCACCGUGCACAGACCCCAGCCCCUGCCACCAUCCACCAUGCACCAGGGAGGGCUGGCAGCCGCUGCCGCCGCUGAUACCAGUUCUGCCUACGGGGCCCGACACAGCUUCUCCAGCUACUCGGACAGUUUCAUGAACCCUGCAGCUCCUGCCAAUCACAUGAACCCUGUCAGCAACGGCCUCUCUCCACAGGUGAUGAGCAUCCUAAGCAACCCGAGCGGCGUUCCGCCACAGCCCCAGGCUGAUUUCUCCAUCUCUCCCCUCCACGGUGGUUUGGACACCACCAACUCCAUCUCCGCCAGCUGCAGCCAGCGGAGCGACUCCAUCAAGUCUGUUGACAGCCUCCCCACCUCGCAGUCCUACUGCCCUCCCACCUACAGCACCACCGGUUAUAGCGUGGACCCCGUGGCCAGCUACCAGUAUGGACAGUAUGGACAAACUGCUGUCGAUUAUUUGGCCAAGAACGUGAGCCUGUCUACACAGCGCAGGAUGAAGCUGGGAGAACAUUCAGCUGUCCUGGGCCUCCUACCGGUAGAGACAGGCCAGGCUUACUGAAGAGCCCAUCUGUGCCAACAACCCACUCCAGCAACCUGGUACCACCACAGAAAACACCACCAGCAGCCUUCCAGGGUUCCACCUCUGCCCGGACCCCGCUCCUUUCCAAAUCCCCACCACCCUGCACCAACUCAAGCUGUGAAGGAGAUGGGAAAGAGGGCGGGAGGGCUCUCCAUGUAUCCAGUUCCUUACCGAGCACUCUUCUAAGACGCCAACCCAGCCUCUUCAACCGUGACUCCUUCUACGGCCAGAGACAAUGGGUUGGAUACAUUUAUUGACCCUAAUGUUCAUGCCCUCCCUCCAGCCCACCUGGUCAGCUUGGCAUACUGCCCACACUUACUGACUUUCCAUUGAUCUCGGUAGUUGGCACAGUCAACGCUGAAUUUCUUUUUCCAUUGUAAAAUAUAUUUUUUUAUUUCCCCCUCUUUUUUAUUGUAGUAACUUGGUGGAUGUUGUAUAGAAGGAGUAACCAAGCUGAUCACUAAGGGUGAUGCCCUUCGGGACCAAAAGAACCUUUGGACCAAAUAUAAGAAGGUGUUUAAAAAACAAAUGAAAGUUACAGCAAACCUGUCCACCUCCCACGCUGCUGAUAGGAUCCCAUAGCAAGGAAAAAGCAGGCAGGGAUGUUGCUCAGCAAAGGUGGGAUUCGAUGGAUGCUAUAAAUGCUCCAACCUGGGACCUUUGGAAAGGGUAAAUGUAAAUUGCUGAGCGGGGUUAGGAGAAGUUGGGGGCAGGUAUGAGCAACACUCAGUUUUCCUCUUAGGGACCAACUAGAUCCCGACAGGAUGGUGUGGGGCUGACUGAAAACCACUUGCAUCCCAUAGCAGCAGGAGAGUCAGUAAGAAAUGUUGGCGCAUGUGCGUGUGGAGGGCUGGCAUGGACAGUGUUUAGACCAGGUGGCGUCUGAUUGAUUGGGCAGAGUGAGAACUGAACAAUGACCUUCCUUCGCUCAGCGAGUUUGAUCCUGGCAGUGAGGGAGAGUGGCUGUGUAUGUCGGCAAGGGAGGCACGCUGCCCAACGGAGCCUAGCUGGAGACACUUCAGCUUUCAGAACUGGGUCCUUCUGCUGCUAGAACAUGACUGAAAUGAAAUGAGACUUGUUCUGAAGGCGCCUGUCAGGGAAGUCUCCCAUCAAGUGAAGGGCUGAGUGACGAGUUAGUCGCUGGGAUGGAGGAGGUGCAUUAGCUAAGGCACAGUGCCACACAAAACUGGAGUGUGCGUCAUGCACUGGGGAGACAGAGGGCUGUGGGAAUGGUCUGACCACGACAGUCUGUCUCCAACUGGCCAGAGAGAGAGGGAGGCAUAAACCCACAUAAUGCACCUAUUUGUGCUGUGCUGUACGGCAGAGGAAAGACUCUUGUGCCCUUAUGCACAUAACUCUUUAUUUCGCAACCUACCAGGAUAAGUACUUGUCUCUUACCUUAAGUAACUCGUCCUUUUCGCCAUCAUCUGGUCCUUUUCUGGACAGGUUGAUCUCUUGGUCCCUUCUCUUCAUAUUUCUGCGUUCUUUAUUUUGGAGCUACAUUCUCUCUAGGCCCCAGACUUUUUUUUGGGGGGGGUUCAGAUUUGCCUCCCUCUUUUCUGUAGCAUACAGCACUCUUUCCUCCGUACCAACCCAUGAUCCUCCUCAGCUCAAUGUUCAGAUAAACCCAGUUGGGAAUUACAAGUUAUAUCUGAGUCAUGAACCACAUGGGGCUCAUACCGUUUAUUUAUAUGGUGUGGUAACAAUCUUCACUCAUCCCGAUAAAAGGCUAUAGCAGGUCCCUAAACAUUUAGACGUUCUUCCCCCUUUGACUGCAUUUAAAUGGCUCACCUCCGAGAACAGACUUACUGUUUACUCAUCACCCUGAAGAGGCUGGGGAAAGUUGCCAUUGAAACAACCCAUCCUGCUCCAUUCCUUUAAAUGAUCUUGUGCCAGCCAGUGACUCAUUUGUAAGGUCCAACGUUCAAUGGAUUGGCAGCAGAUGCUGCAUGCCGGGUCGGUCAGACACAACUUUCUGGUGUCAAUAUUGGACGUCCCUUCAGUGGAGUUGAGAGAUGUGGGGGGACCUAGUUUCUGCCUCCCAGUGACAGAUGAUUAAAGGGCGGGUGAGGGGGCGGAUUUCUUCCCUGUAUCCUUCAGCUUCUUCUUUUUUGCAUGUCCCUCAAACCAUCAGUCCUUGUCUUUACACCUGAAGCAACAUCUUCUGGGCAGUUUCAGGCUUUCUGGUGCCUUGCUCUUGGCUGCAUUUUAUUGUUAACCACAAAGUUGCCAACUCCCGUGGACACGGCAUCCCACCUGGGCAAAUUGCCAGGUCUUAGUCAAAGCAGAUUUUUGCUUCAUGUGUUGCUCUGUAUUUCAUCAGACACCAUCCAUGGCUUUCAUCCAGCCCACUGCUUCACUGGGCUUUGUUGUUCCGAACUCCUGAAAGCAUUUUAACACACAAGGUUCAUCUCUCUUAUUUAUACACACACACUGCUGUUCAGUAGCUGGGAUGCUGACAAUUGUACACAUAGAAUCCUCUGCAAUGAUUUGUACAGAGAAUCCAAAUCCCUCCUUUGCUUGUCCAACUCUGCAACAAAUAAAAGUGUGAUUCCAGCACCUCCCCUCGACUCCGGGAGAAUUUCCCGGGAUCACAGAACUUCCUAGUUCUUGCAUUUCACAAUGCCAUUUCCAAGACUAAAUACUGCAUAUAAAGCAGGAGUUGAUGAAGACAAGAAUACUGGUUUCUUAGAGGUUACUGGCGAACUGCGAUAUGAUAGACAAGAGGUGUUGCCCAAAGCUAGUGUGAUAGAAAAGGAAAAUGAGACUUAUGUGCUUUUGGUUUGGAUCUGAAAUGAGGAAGAGCAACUUUUGAAUCCCACUUCUGGCUUGACUGUCCCUCCCAGUAACUAUAAUAACAUU